AUGUGUGUGUGCUUCGGACCUCGCUUGCAUCAGGGUGGCGUGAAGCUCUUCGUGGGGCGACUCCCGAGAGAGGUCAACAAGACCCAGCUUGAGGAGUGCUUCGGGGAGUUCGGGGAAGUCCUCGAAGUCUUCAUCAUCGCCUCCCAGGCCGCCAGCGGCGUUGGCUGUGCCUUCGUUCGGAUGGCCUCGAUCCCGGCGGCUGAGGAGGCCAUCGCGGAGCUCCACGAGCAGCGGGUGCUGAUCCCGGAGCAGGCAGACUUGGGGCCGAUGCAGGUCGCGUUCGCCAAGGGUGAGGCGAUCCGCCUCGGUCUUGACGAGAAGGAGGAGAUUUUGCCAAGCUUCAAAGAAGCACGACAAAAGGUGGUGGAGCACCAGGAGAAGAAGCACUUCUUCGAGAAGAUGCAAAAGCAGCAAGAGGAGCAGGCCAAGAUUGUGGAGUAUCAGCAUGCGUUGAUGAUGCAACACCAGGCCAUGCUGCAGCAGAUUCAGGAGAAGCCUCGGGAGGAUCUCGUCACCAUCGUAAAGGAUGGCCAAAGGAAUGGCGGUCAGCCUUUCAAGCAGAGGUGGUGGAGCUUCUGCGAUGCCGGAUGGUCGGGCUGCCGGGACUACGACCCCAACCACCACGGCAAGGAGGCCUUGGCCCACUUCGUCUCUGUAGCGAGCACCGAGUACGGUCACGAGCAGUGGUUCAAGUCGCGAUUCCCAAAGCUUCCAGCUCUGCCUGAGAAGCCGAAGGGAAUGCCGGAACCAGGAUCUCCGGGCAUGAUGCCGCCCGGAGCUCCGCCACCCGGACCUGGGCCCCCGCACGGGCCCCCGCACGGGCCACCGGGGCCACCCGGGCCACCCGGCGGCUUGGGUCCCCGCCCUCCCAUGGCCAUGGGGCCCGGAGGCCCAAUCCCUCCUGGGCCUCCGGGACUGCCGCCACAUCUGCCGCCGCAUCUGCCGCCGAUGCCCGGAAUGCCCGGAAUGCCGCCGGGAAUGCCCGGACCACCCUUCGGACCGCCUGGCGUGCCGCUCCUGCCAGGGAUGCCGCCGCCCUUCCCGCUGAUGCAUCCUCCCCCAGGCAGCGAGAUUCCUGCGGGGGAUGGGGGUGGUGGCCGC